AUGAUCCGGGCCAUCUUCUCCACAUUUUGCCUCUUGGUUCCUCUCUAUUGGAUCUAUAAGCCUCCCGCGAUUCUCAUCCAUUACUUGCAUCGUCGCUGGCCCGAUGUGCUUUGGCGCCAUCCCACAAGGGAGAAUGUGGUGGCUCUCACCAUCGACGAUACCCCCUCGACACAGACUAGGGCCAUUCUGGCUCUAUUGAGGGAUCAUGAUGCGACUGCGACUUUUUUCAUUAUUGGAUCUCAGGUUCCUGGCCAUGAAAAAGAUCUAACGGACCUGGUCCGCACCGGGAAUGAAUUGGCGAACCAUGCUAUGUACGAUGAGCCAUCGCGCGGCUUGAGCGACGCCGUUCUGGCAGAACAAAUUACCACCGUGCAUUCCAUGAUCCAACAAGCAUAUAGCGCUUCUGAAAAAGAAACCGGCCCCGACAAUUGGUUGUUUCGUCCCGGUUCGGGUUUCUUCAGCUCCCGCAUGCGCAGUUUGAUCCAGCAGCUGGGAUACCGUCUGGUCUUGGGUGAUGUAUACCCCCAUGAUCCCCAGAUACCAUUCGCGAAGCUGAAUGCCAAGCAUAUACUCGACAUGACCCGACCGGGAAGCAUUAUCAUCUGCCAUGAUCGCCGGGAAUGGACCUUGCCAAUGCUGCGAAUCGUCCUGCCGGAGCUCCGGCGGAGAGGCUAUCGGGUUAGGACGGUCUCUGAGCUGUUAAGAGAACCUCUGUCGAAAUAA